AUGGCUGAAUUUUGGAACACAAUGAACGUCAUGAUUGGAAAGGAGUGGAGGAGGGCUGAAAUAAAUAUGGAAGAAUGGGUGGAUAAUAUUAUAAAGAAGGAGAAUUACGUCAGCGAGGAUCAGCACAAAAUAACACCUUCAGGAAGAAUUCCUUCCUUUUGCAGUUCGAUGGUUACUGUCGAAAUUACCAGUGAAGAUAUUAAGGAGUUUUGGGACAGAAUCAAUCUGCCCAAAAUUACUUGUGUAUUUUCGAAUUUCGAAAGGACGUCGCAAAUACUGCGACUGAUGGACUCGAAUUACGUCGACCUGGUGGACAGGGAGCACAUGCAGAUGCUGCAGGAGCGGAUCAUGCAGGAUUACACCCAUAAAAUGAACUGUCGCAUCAAAAUGCGAGAGGGUAAAGAACUGGAAAGGGUUAAAACUUUGGUAUUGGAUGGAAAAAUACCCAUUAAUAAAGCUCCCACUGAGAUGUCCUCUCAUCCCAUAAUGUUUUUGGAAAGUUAUAUAGCCGUAAAGGAAAGAAAAAGACGAAAAAUCAGAACUUCAAAAAGUCCAAGCACAGCAAGGUCAGACCAACCCAUGACACCAGCUUCAGCACUGGCGACUGAAAAUAAAGAAAAACUAGAACUGAGGGACUCCACAGAGUCAAACGAAGACAUGCAUGUAAUUCCUGUCAUUAUUUCUGCUGAAUUUGAGAACUUCAAGAACGAUUCACCUGAAAUGAAGCAGCUUAGAUUGUGUGAGACUGUGAACGAGAUGUACCUGUUGGCAGACGAGAUAAUAGGUUCGAUAAAAGAAGUGGAAGUGUCAACAAAAUCGGCGGAGGAAUCUUCUUCGAAUUCCUAAAACCACCCCCGUCGUAAAUGAGACUUGUAGACUUAUUACAAUAAACCUUUUCG